CUGUCCUUUCAACAUGGCGUCCACCAGGAGGGUGAAACGCGUGGCGUCUUCACAGCCUGGGUUUCUAAAUGUAAAGACCUCGGCUGACUCCAGUGAGGCGACGGGCGUCAAGAGGAAACGCGUGAACAGGAAUAAGAAGAAGAACUGGAACAAACACAGCGACAUCAACGAUGUGGAGUCGUUUUUAAACGACGUCAGGCACCAGGAGAGGACGACAGGGGGUCUACUGUCUGAGAAGUCAGAUGAAAGUUUGUUCUUUUUGGACAUUGGAGAACCGAAGAAAGCUGAGCAGAAGGCGCCAGAAACCGUCUGGGGAAAGACGAGGAGAGGAAAACCGGCCCGUCCCCUGAGGAUUGACCUCAUCCUGCAGCACGACUCCCUCGUUCAACCACCGAAAGAUGUGCUGGCCCAUCAGCAACCUAAUGCCAAGAAACUCCGUCGUACUGCCCAGAAGUCUGAGCACUUGGUAGCCAAAGGCGUGUUGCCUCGGAGACUGAAACGGCUGCAGAGGAGACGGCCUGUCAUCGAAGGGCCCAAGAAAGUAGUGACAGAGGCCAACAAUUACCCCGAAAGAGGAUAUUACGACAUAUGGGACCAAGAGACCAAAGAUUUAGGUGAUCCCUGGUACCUUCAACAGACUGGCAAGAAGCGUGUUAAGCGUCCAGAGAAGUUGAAUGAGAAGCCGUCUGUCCUCCCUGCUGUGGAGGUCAUCGCCGCGGGAGGAUCCUACAACCCAGACUUCUUUUCCCACCAGGCCUUGCUGCAGAAGGCCCAUGAAGUGGAGGUUACGAAGAAAAAGGCAGAAGACAAAUUAGAGAGACAGCUCGCCGUCAACAAAGCGGACACGGCCACAUUGGACACGAUCUUACAAGAAGAGGUGGAAGGUCUGGUAGAAGAGGAUGAGGAAGAAGAAAUGGCUCCUGUUGAGGAAGAUGAUGAUGAUGAUGAUGCAGUAGUAGGAGCCAUCAACGCAGGAGAAAAAAAGACUGAGAAACAGAGGAAGAAAGAAAAGGCUGAAAAAAUAAAGGAUCAGCUGCGGCUGGCCGACAGACGGGAGACCGACCAGAAACAGCAGCUCUUCCAGCUUCGCUCCAUUAAGGCGUCCGUCAAAGAGCAGGAACUCUGUACUGAGGAAAAACAGAAAAUACGCAAGGCUAACCAGGAAGCAGAGAAAAGCCAGCCCAGACGCCUCGGCAGACUCAAGUUCCAGCCUCAGGACAUGGAGGUUCAGUUAAGUGACGAGCUGGCCGGCUCCCUGCGACAACUCAAGCCAGAGGGCAGCGUUGCCAAGGACCGCUUCAAGAGUCUGCAGAAGAGGAACCUGAUUGAACCCAGAGAAAGAGCCAAGUUCAAGAGGAGACUCAAGCUGAAGUAUACGGAGAAGAGGGCUUUUAAAGCGAUCACUUAAGGCCGACCCACACAGCCCAGGAGCCGAAUGCGAGAAGCUGGGCGACGCUUAAAGCCACAAGUGCAACAUCAUGGAACGGUGUAUAUACAAUGUAAUAAAUGUUGAUUUCCGGCUUGUCCCUUUCAGACAAUUACAACUUAUUAUUAAAAAAAAAUGAAAAUGUG